AUGUCGUCAUCUCAUCGUUUGACGCGAGAACAAAAGGGAAAGGGGGUGGUAUCUGCUCGGGAUUCUGACGGUAUCCAUCACGAAGCGAUGAUGGAUACGGGAAAUAUGGACUUAUCGCAGCGUCUCUUGGUCUCGGAAGCGAGAGAACAGUUCCGGGGUGAUGACGACGGUCAGGAAGCGGUUGACACCUCGAUUGUUCCGAUCAGCUAUUAUCCCGGGAACAUCUUCGCCGAGGAGAGUCCACUGGAGGUUUGGAGAAUUCGACCUUCGGUCGUCGACGAACAAGAUUGGUCCAACGUCGAGAGGACGAAGUCCACCGUGGAGUCGGUGGAAGCUAUCCUCCGAGAUCUCAAUGCACACGGGGUCUCGUUCAUCAUUCCAAAGCGGGAUCAGAGGCCUUGGUCGCCUCCGAAGGGGUAUCAGUGCAUCUACGAGUCGUAUUUCAGGAACGACACGAAGUUAUGGUUCCCAAUUCCCCGAAUCGUCACGGCUUACGCGUUCCGCAGAGGAGUCGCUUUAAGCCAGUUGAUGAACGGUUCUCUCCGGUUGAUGGUCGUUUUAUCGGUGAUCGCGGCUGAGGCAGGGACAUCGAUGAGUGUGAGGUCGUUUGAAGAAUUGACUUCAGUUUCGAUUUCCGACGAUGGGCUCGUCUCGACGAGGAUGCGCCCAAACUAUAACGUGGUCACGGGGUAUCCGACCAAAACUUCAGACUGGCAGCGCUCGUACUUCUACGUGAAGUCGAACAGAUCAGCGUUCGAAGAGCCUCCGAAGUCUGGUUACCGCGUUCUCUGGAAUGCAGAGAUGGUUGGUCACCCGAAUCUUGCUACGUACCCCGAGGAUUGGAAGGAGAGUGCUCGGAUUGUCGCGUUGCAGAAGCAAGAUCACUGGGAGGAUUUUACUCGGGAGAGAAUUCAAAGAUCUGUAGAACGGAUUGCGAGUCGUAAGUUCUCACUCCCCCUUUAUGUUUCCUAUCAAGCGAAUAACAUCUUAUUAGGAAUUUUCUUUUGCAGAGCAUUGGAUUUCGGAUUCGCUUCCUCUCAUCAAUCGAUCGACUUCGAAGCGGUUAUCUCUUUUUACACGAGCCGAGCAAAAGGCAAUCAAUCAGGCCCGAACAAUGAAGCAACUGCCCGAUCUUAGCCUUAUUGCGGCGGGGAAGAUAGGUGCCAAAAAGGGUACUGACGGCUCUGCAGGAGUCGAGAUUACGGACGCUGUCCCCGUUACCCCCAAGCGGGCGCCUACUGGUGGUUCUUCUCAGGGAAAGGCCUCGAAGAAGAAG